AUGUCGAACCCGUCGAGAAACUUCAGCCUGCGCAACGUUAAUACGAGUAAACCGCAACUUGCCCGGACAGAAUCUCAACAAUCCGCAGCUGCAUCAGACGACUACUAUUCAUUCUCAGAUCAAGCUCCCUCUAGUCCUGAUAGUCUAGCAACAAUCAUGCAAUUCAGGACUGCAAACUCACACGUACCAUCGCCCGCCAUGUCGCAAUUACAGCUUACGCAAGAAGAUUCCGAGUCUCAACGUCCACCAACAUCCAGCACAGUCCGGUUCGUAGAAGAUAGACCGGCCAAUGUUAGUCCCAUAUCCGACGCUACAAGAUCAGACGGGACUGCUCGUCAAUCUCCCAGUGAUUACCCGGGCCCAUCCACGACCCCAGGACUGGAUGACUCCCCAUACGUCCGGUUUGCAAUCGACCAGAUCACCCAGGACAGAACUCGGGGGAUCCAAAGGACUGACUCUGUUUCCACCACGACGACAAGUGACUAUCCAACUGAUAGACUGGUAUGGGACGAGGGACUCGGCUAUUUCACCCGCACACGCACCCCAAUUCGACAUGACAUACCUCCAACGAGACCAUCGUAUACAUCUCCAUCGCCACAGGCUUUACCGCAAAGGGCAAUCUCAGUGGACCCCGAGUCAUUUAUUGCCGUUGAUGCGCCGGAGCAGAGCUUGUUAUAUCCCCCUCUGGACUACUUGCCUCUUGUGCUGCGGCCGUGGGCUUUGGCAGUCAUGAUAUUUUGCUGUCUGCUCAUGAUGGCGGGCAUAGUGUUUUGCAAUGUUUGGUCCCGUGGUGAGGAGGGACUAUGGGACUACGCGCGUCAAGGUGGCUCGAGGUAUUUUGUGCUUCAAUUCCUACCACAGAUUGCCGCCAUUCCCAUCAUCAUUUGGUCAUUCGUCAUUCAGGCUGCAAUAUAUCGUAUAGCACCUUUUGCCAUGAUGUCAGCAGAGCGACAGCAAGGUCUAGUAAUGCACCGCCUACCCAUCCUGUCAAAAAACUUCAUUUUCCCGGACUUAUCCCAUCUCCAACACGGUGAGGCCUUGUUCGGAAUAUCUUUGUUCACAAUUUGGCUUUCAAACUUCUUCGCCAUUCCUCUCCUCAGCUGUCUCUUUCAGGCAAAGUACUACGUCAUUGACGGACAAGGUGUCUGGAGAUGGGCCUCAGUACAAUCUGUGGGCUGGGCAUUGGUGGCAUUAUAUGGUUUUUUGACACUGGGCCUGGUGAUGCUUUUUGUCCGUUUCGUUAGUGGCUGGUCUGGCUUGAUGUGGGAUCCCGUCAGCCUGGCAGAUUUGGUCUCGAUCACUCAGCGGUCAAAUAUCCUCCACGACUUUGAGCACUCUGAAAUAGUCCCUUCGGUACGAGAAUCGCUUGAUCCCCGAAUCCUUCGACUGGGCUACUGGAAACUCUCAAGCAAGGCCGAGAUAUUCUACGGAAUCGGCGAAGUAGAUGCUCCUGUGCGCACCCCAUCUCUCCAUCAGACCGGUAAAAGCCGAGAGAGUCAGCCAAAUGGACUUGCCAAAGUUCGCUUUGAUCUCGAGCACAACGGUGCAUUCGCCAGUGACUCACAAGAUAACCAUCUAUACUCGCCAACUGCCCGUUAUCGCUGGACACCUUGGUUUCUCCGCAAAAUCCCAGUAUUUAUUUGGAUUAUCAUUGUCUUCGCCCUCUUCAUCGCCUUCGUUGCUGUUAGCUUUAUCAAUGAUGCCAUCGAGGGCGGCUUCCCUCCCAAGCUUCCAACACUCCCAUCGGCAGAUGCAUUCUCCUCCUCGAAUUUCCUAUACAGCUUCCUUCCCGCCCUAAUUGGCAACGUCCUCUUCCUCGCCUGGCAACCCAUCGACGUAUACUUCCGAGCUCUCCAACCAUAUGCCGAGCUCUCAUCUCCCAGUGGCGCAUCUGCCCAAAAGAGCAUUCUCCUCUCCUACCCAUCUUCCUACCCAAUCCAAGUCACCAUCCAGGCCGUCAUCAACCGCCACUUCAAAGUUGCAUGGAUCUCUGUCAUGAGCCUGCUAUCCAUCGCCAUCCCCGUUCUCGCCGGUGGCGUCUUCAUCGCCCUCUGGUACUCCUCUCAGGACGAAAUCCGUAUUUCCGCCUUUCUGCCGGCGUUCUACGCUUUGAUUGGCUUUUGUGGGCUAUAUGCCGUGUCUUUCCUGGCAAUCUGGCCUGGCCGUCGUCGCUAUCUCCCACACGAUAUCACCACUUUGGCGGAUCUGAUGAGCUAUCUUUAUCAGUCGCCUCUUCUGGCUGAUAAGCUCCUUCGCGAGCCGAGGAGCAAGACUGACCUUGUCACUCGUCUUAUUAUUGCACCACCCUCCGAGCGUGACCUACCUAUGUACGGCUUUGGCAUUUAUGUCGGUCGUGACGGUAAGGAACAUCUUGGUAUCGAUCGCUUCCAUCGGCCUGGUCGCACUGAUAUGCUUAUUACCACGGGCACUAUGAAAUAA